AUGCAUGGUUAUUCGAUCGUAGUAAUAAUUCUUAUUUCGCUUCUGCCAUUGAUCAGUGGACAACAAGAACUAGAUUCGCCACAUCGAAUAUCGAAAUCCGCGUUCGAUGCACAAUUUUAUCGCGGACAAUGUCCCGAUCGAUUUUAUCAGAUCGGUAACGAAUGUUUAUAUUUCGGUACUGAUGGCAGAAAAUAUUCAUCGCAUCAAAUCGAAUCCGUAUGUGCAAUACAAAUCGCGCGUCUAGUGAAACGACAGACAACAUUUGUGGUUGGUCAAGUAAAUAUAAAACCGAAAAAAGGUGUCAGACAAUUAGUUUUGAAUACACCAGAAAAGUGGAAAAUUUUAGAAGUCCUCUAUCGAGAAUAUGACGAAUUGAAUUUUGCUGUUCGACUUCCAGCAGAUUACGAUAAACUGAGUCGCUGUCAUGAUGACAAAGAUGAUAAUUGGCCACAAUAUUGUAUUAGUUUACACAGUCCGAAUGCAACAUGUUUCGAAACUAAUGUCGCAGGGUCAAAUGAUGUUUGUUUGGGCCGCAUCAAUUGUGAUACACGUCAUUCGAGAUUAGCCUGUGAAUUUACAAUCCCAGGAAGUGCUGAAUUGACGGCUUCAACAUUUCGACAUUGCCCAACCGAUGAGCCACUUCAUCAUAGUUUAUCAGUAUGGGCUUGGCUUUUAGUAGUCGUAGGUGGUUUGUUGCUGCUUCUUCUUAUUCUCGGUGGUGUCUUAACUUUAAUUCGUAGUUCAAAAAAAGUGCCUACUCAAGCCAGAAAAUCCGUACCUAUAACUCAUCAAGAAGUUGUGAAUAUCAGACGAAGUCGUUCAGGUACAGCAAAUGAACCGAUGUUUGUUCGGGCUGCUUCAGCCAGUGUAUCUGAUCCGGAUUAUCUAGAACCCAUACCAUUGAAAACCGCACGACAAGAUAGUAUUUCUCCACGUGUUUAA